AUGAAUCUCGAAUUUACUGUAACAGAAGCUAUUGUUCAUAGUUUGGGAGUAAUUAAUGAAAUUCGUUAUGAAUUUGAAGAAUUUACUGUUGAAUAUGUAUCAGCUGGUAUAACAAAUAAAAAAGAAAAACGUAGUCGAACAUAUGAUACAAAUAUAACACGAAAAGAAUAUAAUAAAUUAGCUGAACAAUAUCAUUAUGGAUUAUCGUUUGAUAAUUUCAUUGUUGUUUUACGUCCAUUUAUGAUGGGAUUUUAUCAAAAUGAUGAAUUAGAACAAGCAUUUCGCAUUUUAGAUAAAAAUAACUCGGAUUCUAUUGAUGUUGAUGAUCUAGCAAAUUUUUUACCAAUUAUUAAUGAAUAUGCAACUAGUGAUACUUUAAAAAAUUAUAUUAAAAAGUCGGAUUUUAAUUUUGAUGAAAAUCUAUCUUAUGAUGAAUUUCGAUCACUUAUAUUAAAAGGGAUUGGACGUGACAUGAUUUGUACUCAUAUCUAA